AUGAGUAAUGAUAGCUACUUCAAUGGAUUUAUUCUCCUUGGCUUUACAGACCAUCCUCAGCUAGAAGUGACCAUCUCUGGGGUUGUUUUUUUCUUUUAUAUGAUCGCUUUGAUCGGUAACAUUGCCAUCAUCCUGGUGUCACUCCUAGAUAUCCAUCUCCAAACACCUAUGUACUUUUUCCUCAGAAACUUGUCCAUCUUGGAUCUUUGUUAUACCACUAAUAUUGUCCCUCAAAUGUUAGUCAACAUCUGGGGUCAGAACAAAAGAAUAACUUUUGGUGGCUGUGUAAUUCAGCUUUUCAUUGAUAUGAUUCUUUGCUCAGUUGAAUGUAUACUACUGGCUGUGAUGUCCUAUGACCGCUACAAUGCUGUUUGCAAGCCCCUACACUAUAUGGUAGCCAUGAAUCCCAAACUCUGCCAAAGUCUUUUGACAAUGGCCUGGCUUGUUGGCAUUAUAAAUUGUAUGAUCCUCUCUCCAUAUGCAAUGAGCCUGCCACGAUGUGGGAAUCAUCGUUUGGACCACUUCUUCUGUGAGAUGUCAGCCAUGAUUAAGAUAGCCUGUGUGGACACCACAGCUAUGGAGGUAACCACAUUUGGAAUGUGCCUGGUUAUUGUUCUAGUGCCACUUCUUCUCAUCCUUGUCUCCUAUGGCUUCAUUGUUGUGGCUGUUCUGAGGAUUAAGUCUGCCACAGGGAGAAAGAAAGCAUUUGGAACCUGCUCCUCUCAUCUCAUUGUGGUGUCCAUCUUCUAUGGAACUGUCAUCUAUAUGUAUAUACAGCCAGGAAAUAGUCCAUCCCAAGAUGAAGGAAAACUCCUCAGCAUUUUUUAUUCCAUCAUCACCCCUAGCAUAAAUCCUUUAAUCUACACUCUAAGAAAUAAGGAAUUCAAGGAGGCAGUGAAAAGAGUAGCAAGGAAAGAGAAAGGAACUUAG